GCGUUUGUAGUUGGCACAUGCGCAGUACGCGCGUACGCCUUGUUCCCAAACAGCAGCCGAGGGCUCAGAGAGAGCAGAUGGAGGGACUUUGAAGUACUUGGCCGCACAUAUUUCUCCGAACAACAGACAACGCUUCUGCUUUCACUUCCUCAAUGUGAACAGGCUUGGGAAAGGGAAACUACCCAUCGCCAUGGCUGCUGCUGCUGCUGCUGCUGCAUCUACCAAAGGCAGCCUGAAAGAGGACCUGACAUGUGCCAUAUGCUGUGACCUUUUUCGGGAGCCUGUCAUGUUGGCCUGUAUGCACCACUUCUGCAAACCCUGCAUCUCCAGAUACUGGAGAGGAACUCAGGGCCCUGUAAGCUGCCCACAAUGCCGCAAGGAAUUCAACACCAAGCAGUUUCAAACUAACUACCUUGUGGCAGCCAUGGUGGAGAAGGUCAGAGCCACCACCUCGGACUCCUACAUCAAGAACCUAGAGAAACAACUGAAAGGGACUUUGGAGAGCCAUCGCCAGAAGAAGGAGGACUUCAUCAACGAUGUUCGCAGAGACAAAGACAAGAUGGAUACCAUAAAGAAAGUCGUGGCAGAUCUGCAGGCUUGCGUCAAAGGAGAAUUCAGAGUUCUACAUCAGAUCCUGCACGAGGAGGAGGCCUGCGUGCUGGAGCAGCUGAUGAGAGAGCAGGAGGAAGAGCUGGAGAAAGUCCAGCGCCACCUGGAGGCCACUGAGGUGGCUGUGAGGGAGCUUGAGGAAAAUACGAGAGCACUACGGCAGGCUAGUGCUGCCGCUGAGAACGGCGUACUGGCUGAGCUCCCACAGCUAAGACCGUGUGUGCAGGUGGAUAUUGCCCCGGAGUUUGACAUAAACGCUUUCAGCAACAAAUACAUGGCCCCGUUACAGUACAUCACAUGGAGAAGGAUGUUCAAAUCUUUGAGGCCAGGUCCUUCCCCAUUAACGUUUGAUGUUGACACAGCGCACCCAAGCAUCCAGGUCUCCCGUGACAAAACCGUGGCAGUUGAGUGUGACGUCAUGAUCCCACAUACGGACCACAACAAGCGUUUCCUCCAGUGUGUCAACAUUCUGGCCGCCCAGGGCUUCCAGACAGGCCGACACUACUGGGAGGUAGAAGUGGGCUCCAAACCCAAGUGGGACCUGGGCGUGGCCUCUGAGGCCGUAGGCCGGCGCACUCGGAUCAAGCUGAGCCCCGAAAGCGGCUACUGGACGCUGCGGCUGCGUAAUGGGAACGAGUACUCCGCCGGCACGCAGCCCUGGACCAGGCUGCACCUCGGUUCUUCCCCUCAGAGGUUCGGGGUGUUCUUGGACUGUGAGGAGAGGAGGGUGUCCUUCUACAACGAUGAUAUGAGUCUGCUCUACUCGUUCACCAACGGGCCGAGGGGCAAGGUAUUCCCCUUCUUCAGCCCGUGCAUUAGUGACAGCAGUCAGAAACCUCAGCCUAUUAAACUCCUCCACUACCCACCUGUCGCUCUGUGUGGCUAACAUGGGUGCAACCAAUAAAAGCUUUUCAGUAUUUAAGAGCUUAUUGAAUAAUAACUGUUAUUACUCAGCUGUUAAAGGAAAGUAACUAUUGUUAGCAUUAUAGUCCUGAAUCACAAGAGCUUAAAGUUUCAGACUGCUCUCUUGUUUUCCAUGCAUUAAUGAUCGCAUAUCACCAGAUGCUUCUGAUAUCUGAGUCUGAAAUGAACCUUAAAAGCCUUGUGUUGUACAAAUUCCCAUAUUCACCACAAUUUUGUUGUUAUUCAUUUUACAGGAACAGUCAACAGAAUACACAAAUGUUCAACCAUUUUGGGUCAAAUAUAGUGAGGUUUCGAUGCAUCAAAUACAUUUUAAGGCGUACUGGUGCUUCACUGUUCAACCAAAUAUCUUAAAGAGAUGGAGAUAGUUGACCUUUCAAAUGAUAAUAGGAAUAAUUACCUCUCAUCAAGUCAGACUAUCUUUAGCCUUGCUUGCACAGUUUACUGUGAGGUUUUAUAUUUGAUUAAAUGGAUCUUCAUGUUUUAUUUGUCUGAAAUGACACUGUUGCCUUUUUUUUAUUUUAGAUGCAUUUUCUGAUGAUUAACACCCACAUGUAACUUCACAGCAUGUUAGGAGCUCUUUAGCGGAUUUCUAGCUGCUCCUACUGAUUUAUCAUUAUUUGUACAUUAAUUUAUAUACAUGUGUCUUAAUUUGACAUAUAUGUGAUACAUUGCACACUCAUUGUUAAUUUUGUGGGAAAUUACUAAAAUGUAGUUCUGUGGGAUUCAGUCUAUGUAGCCUAUUUUACAUUGUUAUCAUUGGCAAUGUCAGUUACAUUUUUGAGAGAGAGUUCAUUGUAAAACCUGCUGAUGCAAACAAUAAACCAAAUCACUUUUUCUCUUUCUUAAAUAAACAUGGUCUUUGAUCAUUA